AUGACGGUUCAUUGCUCCGGAGUCCGGAAUACAAGGUUUACGCCCCACUCGACCAAAAUGGGCCGGCGGUUGAAUAACUCGUCAAUUGGCAGAUCAAAUGCAUUAACGCGGUCAAGGAAGGACUCUCGACGAUUACAGACGCUGAGAAGCAACACAAUACCGAGCGAAACGACACAGAAACCUCUCAAACCCAUCAAGCGCGGGCAGUCAAUCCAGACUUCUCGAUGGCUACGAGGAAUCGUAGCUACCUUGAUCUACUACGACGUCAGGAAGGAUCAUAUACAUCAAUUUCCGCAGAGGUUCAAACAGGCCCUUGAUCAUUAUGGGAAACACAACGCACACACUUCUCAUGCAUAUGCUCCAGCGUCGUCGUCUGCUCGAGGCAAAUUUGAUAUCCAAUGCAGCUUUGACAUCCGAGGACAGAAAGAUAUGGAUAUCAAGCGCAAAACUAAGCAUGCAUUCGACUUCACCUUGGACGGCAAUACCUACAUAGCGCACAAUGUCACAAAGACUCCACCUCGGGGACUCGAUUGGCAGCCCAUAGUUGACAGUUAUGAGUCUACUUCCCCUCGGAUGCCAUUAGCAAGCAUCACCGAGAGCGCUCUAGGGCUUCUCACCCAGCUUGCAUCUCAUUGCGUGAUCGCGGAAACGUUUCUGCAGGCCAUGAAGAGCCGAGCUCUUCUAACGGGGUGCACCACCCGAAAAUCCGAGAACCUUCCUUGUAUAUUUAACUUGGACGAAUGCUGGCGCAAACCUCUUGAUCGUAUCGACGUCCAUGCUGCCAUCUCUCUAGGUACCAAUAAGGGAACAGUAUACCGGACAGACGAUUCGCAUCAACCGAUUCGGGUAGAUGAGGAUCGCAUGCGAUCCCUAGCUUGGUUCCAGACCGUUGAGGGCAUGGAAGGAUUUACACAGGUCCCACACUACGUGGAGAAUAUCCCUGUAGAAACUCUAUCCGAGCAUUUGCAAGUCCCUGGAUUACUUAGAAACGACGUCAAUACCGUUCCAUACGCGGAGUGUAGUGCAAACUUCGGCCCAACUGGAUCAUCGGUCGACUUGCAUAUUGAUUUCGGUAUGCAUGUUUUAAGCACCGUCUUCGACAAUUGCAUCAAGCUAUGGGCUUUAUACCCUCCCACAAACCUAAAUCUUGACUUGAUGUACGCAAUCAGUGGCCGAGAACAUAAGCUUCAACAGUUAUUCGACAAACUUGAAGGGGGGGUUUUCGCAAUUACGACUGGUGGCGCGACAAUUCAUCUGCCCCCUGGAUGGCUACAUGCAACGUACAACAUUCGAGGAGGUUUUCUAGUCGGUAUUGCUUGGGAAAAUCUUCAAGACUUGGUGCUGCUGAUUGACUUGUUCGUCCGCGAGGUCGAAAUACACCCAGAGGAUGCAGAGUAUGCGAUGGUGAUCAGAAUAUGCACAGAAGCCCUAGAAAAGAAGGCGAAGGACAAUCUGAGUCUGUUGCCGGGGGAUGUUUGGGACAGAAAUGGGAAUAUCUGGGACAGAGAUGGGAAUAUUUGGGACAGAGAUGGGAAUGCUACAUGUAUGAGUUAUCCUAUUUCGAAUACACGGCUCCUCGACUGA